UUGUAAAAAAAACAUUUUGUGUGUAGCGAUUGACGGGUAACUUCGUAGCGUAAAGAAAAAAUCUUGUGUCGUUCUUUCUAGAUAUAGUGCUCACAAAUGGCUAAAAGGAAGAAUAAGCCAUUGAUCGAUUCAGAUUCAAGCAGCGAUUGCUCAGACUUAGACUCGCAAUUCCUAAACUUAGCAAAGAAAAAAAAGAAACCAGGAGAAUCACCACCACCAUCAAAAUCAAACAACAAAUCAUCAGAUAGUGAGUCUGAUUGGGACGAUGAUGACAAAAAAGAUGGCAAAUCCUCUUCAUCGUCAAACUCAGAAUCGGAAAGUGAUGCAGGAAGUGAUACAUCCAAGAAGAAAGACCCACCGAGACCUGCCAGGAAGUCCUCGUCAGAUCAUACGGAUGAAGUUAAAAAGAAACCGGAACAGAAAAUGGCAGAAACCAGAAAGAGUAUAGACAGUGUUGGUUCAGUCAAGAAAAAAGAUACAUACAGUGAACCUGAAGAAGGUGAAGUAUCAUCCCAUUCGUCAGACAAUGAUUCAAUAGAUUCCGAAGAAGAAUUUGAUGAUGGUUAUGAUGAAAAUUUAAUGGGUGAUGAAGAAGAUAGAGCGAGACUUGCAGCCAUGUCAGAGAAGGAGAGGGAACAGGAGAUAUUCAAACGUAUCGAGAGAAGAGAUCUAAUGAAGACAAGAUGGGAAAUAGAACGUAAGCUUCGUCUCGCAAAACGUACUGCGGCGGAGCGCGGAGCUUCCCCCGGAGAGUUAGCUCGGAGGAGAGACGCACGACGGAGGAGACGAGCACAGAAGAGAGAAGCCCCGAGAGAGAGUGAGAGACCGCCAGAAGAGAGAGAGAGAAUGGACAGAGUCGAGAGGAGAGAAUCUGAAUCGGAACAACCGAAGGAAAUUGAGAAGGAAAACGAAAGUAUGCAACAGAGUCCCGGAGAAAUAUUGGAUGAUCAGAAAGAUAAUGACGCUUCUCGCUCGACUUCUCCCCUGUUCGGUGCGAAGUCUGAAGGCAGGAAGAGGAAUGUGGACGACAGGCGACAGAACGCGAUGGCGGCGUUACGCGCUCAGAGAGACGCCAAGGCAACUCGCACUGAGCACAAGCAGAGGAAGAGAAUGGAGCAGGAAAAAGACAAGGAUGAUGAUGAUGACGCAGAUGCGGAGAUCAUAGGAGGUACAAGUAAACAGAGUGUCAAAUUAAAGGCAUCAGAUAUAUAUUCUGAUGACUCCGGCUCUGAUUCUGAAGAUAACAAGUCACAGGGUCGUCGCAGCUCCACUAGUUCUUCUUCAUCAGGUGGUGAGGAAGAAGAGAAGAAGAGAGAGGAAGUGGAAGUGAAGUACGCGGAUACAAGAGAUCAGAUCAACAAACUUAGGUUAAGCAGGUUUAAGUUAGAAAGACUAGUACAUUUGCCAUUCUUCGCUCGCGUUGUCACAGGAUGUUUUGUACGUAUUGGUAUCGGUAAUAACAACGGAAAUCCUGUAUACAGGGUGGCAGAAAUAAUAGAUGUAUACGAAACAGCUAAAGUAUACAAUUUGGGUAAUACAAGAACUAACAAAGGUUUAAAGUUACGUCACGGGACACAAGAUAGAGUUUUCAGAUUGGAAUUUGUCAGUAAUCAGGAGUUUACAGAUAAUGAGUUCGUGAAAUGGUACAAAGCUAUAAAGGACGCUAACAAAAAACCACCAACAAUGGACUUUGUUAGGAAUAAAAUAAGUCAAGUUAAAGAAGCUCUUAUGUAUGAAUUUAAAGAAGAAGAUAUAGAAAAGAUAGUAGCAGAAAAAGAAAGAUUCAGAUCACAUCCAACUAAUUAUGCGAUGAAAAAGACACAAUUAAUGAAAGAAAGAGACGUUGCACAAUUGAGAGGUGAUGAUGAAUUAGUUAUGGAUUUAAAUGCAAAGAUACAAGAAUUAGAAGACAGAGCGAGUCAAUUGGACAAAACUAGAACAUCCUCCAUACAAAGUAUAUCUUAUAUAAACAAUAGGAAUAGAAAAUUAAAUGUAGAAACUGCUGAAAAAGCUAUUAUGGAAGAGGUAAAAGCUAACAAAGGUAAAAAACAAGAUGAUCCAUUCACACGACGGCAUACGAAACCUGUUAUGAACUUUAAAUCACAUCAAGGUGGAAGGAGUCAGGAGUUGAUGAGGAAUGAAGAAGCUGCGAUGGAGGAGCAGCGACUGCGGGAGGAAGAGGAGAGAGUGGAGAGGGAGAGACAGGAGCGAGAUAGACUGAUGAUGCAACAAAACGAACCAGAGAGACCUAAACGUGAGAAGACAAGUUCGUCAGACAACACAAGUCUCUACUCUCUGCAUGACUUUGAUAUUAAUAUUGACUUGGACUUACCUGUGGCCAAAUCAAUGAGUGCACAACCGAAGCAAGUGACUGGUAAAGUGAAAGAGACUGGACCAAAAAGGUCUCUCAAUUUAGACGAAUACAAGAAAAGACACGGACUUAUAUGAGUUUUGUUUAUUAUUUUGUGAUAACAUUUGAAGUGUUGACGGGACUUGAAUAACUAGGGUAACCUAUAUGUUAUGUC